AUGCACAUGAUCAGGCCUCACAAUUUGCCUUUAAAUUGGUCCACCUCCUUUGUCUUUCCCAUUGUGAUUUACUCAGCACCAAAGCACACCGCCAAAGUGUUUUUCAUUUGCAACCUUGCAAUGGCUUCCAACAAGCUUAUUGCCACCAUCUUGGUGCUUUCUCUCCUUGCCUACUCAACAUCCACUAAUGCAUGUGGCACAUGCCAUCCCAAGGCUUCUCCUCCUCCUCCAUCAGGGAAGUGCCCUAAGGACACAUUGAAGUUAGGGGUUUGUGCUGACAUUCUUGGACUUGUUAAUGUUGUUGUUGGCUCCCCUGUCUCUAGCAAGUGUUGUGCACUGCUUCAGGGUUUGGCUGAUCUAGAGGCUGCACUUUGCCUAUGCACUGCCAUCAAGGCCAAUGUGCUUGGAAUCAACUUGAAUGUGCCUAUCACACUCAGUGUGCUACUCAGUGCAUGCCAAAAAACUGUUCCUUCUGGCUUCCAAUGUGCAUAG